AUGGACGAGGACGCCGGUGCAUCUGCUACUGCUGCUGAUUUCGCCACACCCACACCAGAGCCGGCUGAGAAGCCGACGCGAGACGCAGCCCGUGCCAGCAGUAAUUCGCAGUCCGUCGGUGGGGGAACACACUCUCUGCCUACCUCGAACCCCAAUGACGGAGCAGCGAUACAGACUCAGGAGCCAUCGCAGCCGCAGCCCGCUGUUCCUAUUGACUCAUCAGUCCGCGAGAGCCCACCCGCGGUGCCAGAGACUCUACAGAACAAAAUAGACAUCCCACCUGUUUCGGCAAGGUCGGUGGAUUCAGACAACGUCUCCCCCGUUUCGGAGCAUGAGGCGGGAGAGAUUCAAAGCCGCGAUGGUCUUGCUGCGACCCAAGGUCGUCGUGACUCGGCACCCGUGACUCAGCCCGAUGCCGAUCUCUCGCAAUCCGACACAAGCCCAACCCCGACCCAAUUUGCCCAAGCCCCUAGGAGUGAACAUGAACGGGCUCAACCCGCUACCGAUGUCUCUGGGGAUGAUUUGGUCGGACCCACGGAACCUCGGAUGCAACCCACGACUGAAAUCGGCGAUCCUCCUCCCUCUCCCGUUAAGGAGAGCGACAAGUUGACGGAAGAUAUUAUACGCUCUUUGAGUCCUAUCCGACCCACUAGUGACGAGAAUGGCUUGGGUGUUGAUAAGGCCCCUGCCCACUCUAAGCCUGAUCUCGGCCGCGAGAGCAGGUAUUUGAGUGGCGUCUACGACGACUACUGGACGGCGUCGGAUGACAAACACGUUCCACUGCCCAAGCAAGACAGCCCUGGCUCGAAGCCAUCUGCUGCCGCCCCCGGGUCCGCGAACAACGGCGUCGCAGGCGCAACCUCCAGCCGGGUUUCCGAAAUCCCCCCGCUGAGUCCCCGUAGAGUCGACUCCGAUGCGACGGCUGGUCCAGGUUCUCGACCCCUUAGUCGGCGCUUUUCCUGGGAGGCCGAGGAGCUCGCGGAGAAAGGAAGCCCCGCGGCCGACUCACCUGCCAACCCGGUAACCGUCGUCGCCGGUGAGUCUUCACCGCUACAAGAUGCUUCCCAGGGUGCGGAAAGCCACGAGCCUGUAAAACCAGCCGGCUCGUCCCAGAUCAGCAGCGGGCGUGAAUUGCUCUCCACGGGCGUUGAGGAGAGGGAGGGUGCUAGUGGCGCCCCUGAUCAUUCGACGCCGACCAUGAACCAGACCCCUCAAGUGAGCGCCCUGCCCCAAGGGCAGCGACGCCCUAACCUGGAAGCCCACGAACCACCGUCACCGGUAUCCGCGGCCUCGGGUCAAGACUCAUCUUCUUCGAUAGUACAGAAGCACCGUCUCUCUCUGGCGGGAGAGAAGCUGCUCGUCUCAGCGCCAGGCGUCCAUCCGGCAUUUACGCAGUCGCAAGGAUCCGAUGCGCCGGCGUCGGCACCGCAAGCUCACGCUCAGCCAACCCAAAGAAUCCUGACUUUCAAGGAAAUACGAGAAUUGCCAAAUGCUGUGGACAGAGUCGCCAAGUACAACGACACGCGGGCUCAGUUCGCCGCCAUGGACUCAGGGCUGAACGGCUGGCUCCUUGAUUUGCAGGCUGAACGCCCUGACUAUGCCAACGUCUCAUCGUCUUUCCAGGCGAUGGCGAUGGGGGCGCAACCAGGCGCCAGUCAUGCCCGUCCAGGAUCGGCGUUGAAACCGCCAACGAGUGCUCAACCUGCACAACAACAACAACAACAACAGCCGUAUUACCAGCAGUAUCUCAACGCCACGGCGCCCAACACCGCCAGUGCGCCUCCCGGUCGGCCUUCUCCCAGCAGCAUGCCAAUGGGCUCACACUUACCGUCCAGCGAUUUCAAGCAUUCAAGCGGGCAAGUCGGGGCGAAGGGCAAGGAGCUGUUGCUCGCGGCGGGCAAGGCAGGCAAGGGGCUGCUGAGCAAGGGCAAGCAUAAACUCCGCGGGGACAAGAACGAAGAAUCCACCCCGCCACCCAGCCAGCCCAAAGCCAAGCAGGAUCGCCGAACCUCCUGGAGCAUUAAUUUCGGCGCCCGAACCGCUCUCAGAGGCUCGGGCAGUGACCCAAAACCACCGUCCAGCGACCCAGAUCGGCCUGGUCUGCCGACGUCGGCUCCCCAGAUUCCACAGCCAGCGCGACUGUCUCCUUUCGAAACCUUCCCUGAUGACAGGCAAUCUCCGUGGGCACCUCCCGGCACUCAGCCGCCUCCUCCGAACCAAACUACCCUACCAUAUACCGGUCGAGUGGGCCAGCCGGAGCUAGUCUCUCCCAUCUCAGAGACGGCUAUCCCUACCGCGCCGGCAAAAGGACCGCAAGUCAGCCGGACGAAUUUCCUCGAUGACUCUUCCGACGAAUGGGUGGUAGUAGAAGAACCUCAUCCGGCUUCCGCCAGGGACUCGUAUCGUCCGGUCCCACCGGAGAAACCCCAAGCGCCUGCUCAACAGGCCGAAGGGGCCCAGGCCGCAGGGGAUAAUGAGCAGCCUCUCGAUGGAACUUCCCAUCCAGCGCAGGAACCCAGAUCGCAGUCGCCGAAGCGCAACUCCUCCUUCAUCGGCCUCCCGCCCAUAAGAAGAGCCUCUACCUUUGGCCUUAACUACACUCGGAGAGCCAAGGAAGGCUUCUCUUUGGAUGAAGACGAUGCAGAUGGUGCCACUUUGGCGGCCGCAGGUGCAUCAACUCAUCCGGAUAACGCCAACGCCAACGCCAACGCCAACGCCGGUCCUACUACCUCGGCUGCAUUGCAGCAAGAGCGCCGGGGCUCGGGCACCUUGAUCGACACUGAAUCAACGGUAAAUGGGCAAACCCGGGAAAAUGAUGGACAGGGCCACGCCGAAGACACGCUGGGCGCGUCGACAUUGAGGCGACCAUCUAAUGAGUCCUCCGAAGGGGAUCUCGGGGAAGACCCUGAAAAGAUGCCAAUACCGCCUCCGCUCGAGGACCAUCCUGCGCAGAAUCGAAACCGAGGAAGCAAUCAAAUGCAACCGGCCACCAUGCGGGCGCCCCUCCGUCUCGGGCCACUUGGCCCGGAAGGCAACCCGGUUCAGCAUUUGCCUCCCCAGGGUCCCUGGAAAUUGGAAGAGUCGCACCUGUCCGAACCGCUGCUGCCCGCCAGCCGUAGCCGUCAGUUCAUGAAUGCUUCGCCUCCUCGUCAGCCGUUUCUUGGGUUCGACAAAGAAACCAGUCUUCCACCUCCGGCCCCAGCCCAAUCUGGCGGGCAGCCCCGUCCACUAGUGCCAGUGCCUCCUCGCCAGAAGCUAUCUGAAACACCCCCUUCGUCUGCCCGUCGAUAUCCGGCCCUCUUCGGCGGCCCCGCCGACCCAAGGCAAGUCAUCCCGCAGGGAGUACCGAGAACUUCCCAAGACCUCUCGUCUCCCAUGCAUCAGCAGCCUCCCAAUCAGGUGGAUAUUCCAUUUCAGCGGACCCAGGGAGGCGAGCUUCUGCCUGCUGCCGCCGGCCCUUCUCAAGAGAAUGUCCGAGGCAGGGAAAGGCGAAGUUCGGGCUUUUUCAAGGACAUGGGUGUUCGCCUGCGAUCCGGGUCUAAAGACCGACGGAACUCGAUUCUUGAUGACCGCACCCCUGGCUUGUCACGCGGGGGAGACCCCGGGGGCGAUGACGUCUCCGAAUCGAGUGUUGCUACGGACGACUUUGCCGAGCAAAAGAAACGCCGACGUUCCAGCAACUUCCUCGUAAAUCUUCGCCGACCAAAAGCCGCAGCAGAGGGCCAGCCCGGCGGUCAUGAAGGCGGCGCUGCUGGUGUCCCGUCACUGGUCGAUGCACGCCUUGGCCAGGUUCUUCCUCGACCACGGGCUUCUGAGGAAAGGAGGGGGUCCAAUGCGCCGGGCCCUGCUGGGGUCACAUCCUUUCGUCAGCCUAGUCUCUCUCGAACGUCAACUACCAGCAACCUGCACGAUUCGGGGGCCAGCAUUCAUAGUCAGAACUCACCGAAGAAACGACUCUCUGCUCUCACAAGCAAGGUAUUCCACCGUCCCUCAGCGUCUCUGGACGGGCAACCCAAACCCAGCACGCCAGUAUCGAUAGCCCCGUCCUUUCAUAGCCGGCAUUCUGGUAUUCCCAACACCCAGCCUGGGGUGCCUAGUCCUCUUGCUGAACGCCGAGGGAGGCAGCGGAGCGACACGGCCGGGUCGAGGCUGACUGGUGACGGAGAGUCUAUCCAUAUCGCACCAGCCGGCGCGCCUCGGGAGUCUCGGGGUCGUCACUCGUCUACAACCGGCUUCCUUUCGGGUCUUUUCAACCGAUCGUCCUCUACCACGAGGGAUCCUCAACCACAGACUCAGAAGCAACAGCAACCGGUGUUUCGAAGAGAACUAGAUGGUCAGCAAGAACAGCAGCAGCAUCAUCUCAGCGAGCCGACCCUGGGAUACCGGGAUGUGCCUCCGGCGAGUCAACAGCAGGCGCCAUCCGGGCAGAAGGCAGGCUCUCCGCCGGUGUCCACCCCUGCAUCUCCUUAUGGCCAACAUCCACCCCCUUUCCGGACACAAGGCCCUCCUGUUCAUCCUGUGGCCGGGGUUGUUCCUCCAUUGAACCGCGUCCCUGCAUCGCCCGUCCAUCAGCAGAAUUUGCCUAGGCCUGCUGAAUCGUCUAUCAGGCCAGUCCAGCCUGAAUCUGACGCCUCUGGUUCUCAAACUGAUGCCAUAACCACCGAUCACCAAUCUCAAAAAAUUGAAUCUUCCGCUAGAUCAGCCGGUGCGCUGUCCGAUACGCCUUCCGCCCCCGGAGCGACUCGAGGAGCAACCCCGGCGCCGGCAGAAGACCAAGGCACAACAACUCGACCGAUGCAGCCAACCGGACGUGAGGGUGGCCGACUGAGUGGCGCCCCCCCCUCCGGCUCAGUGAUUAACCCCUGGCAACCGGUCAGGGAUAAGGGCGAGACGGUCACAGGCACAGGCACAGGCAACCAGUUACCUUCCAAGAACAAUCUCAAUCGCGAUCAUCCCGCCCCCUCCCAACAGGACAUCACAGUUGAUAGGCUAGACGGAGCCACCCGAGUCUCAGCCUCCCCGAAACAACAUGCAGCGGUAUCCAGUCAAAACGGCGACCCCUUGAAAACGGAUGGUGCACAGUUGCUUCGUAGAUCGGCCUCGCCAUCUCCCCAUGCCCUGGGUAUCUCGCAGACAUCAUCACUGUCGCAAGGUUCCUUGCCGGACAAACGAGCGUCCCACGUCUCAGCCGGGUCACUGCAGGAGACCCCCGACCCAUCAAGAUCACAAAGCCCCGGGCAAGAUGAUUUGAAGUGGCUGUCACAACAACAGGCUCAAGGCUCUUGGAGUUCGCUGCCUACGCCUCCCAGCGUCCCUGCGGCUUCGGGUCGGCCGACUGCGCAUCCUCCCACAACGAUAGCCCAACGAUCCCAGACGGUGCCUGUCGCGUCGAGCACGGGGGAGGGACAAGGUUUCGUCAGCCAAGGGCUCGGAGGCCAGCUAGGACAACAGCAUCCCGCACCGGCACAGCCUAAGGUCGCAAAAAGGUCGUCGAAGCAGACGGAGGCCAAAGAUCCGCAAAAGGCUCUACCGCAAGCACAAACGCCACAAAUACUGCUGCGCAAGGGAGUGCAACAGCAGCCGCAGAUGCCGCCCUUCCAACAGUCACAACCGGCCAGCAAGGAAUACACGCCGCAGCAAGAACGACCUGUCACCCCUUCAGCCGUUCCCUUCUUCGGGAGCGGUCCUUUCCGACCCCGGGUGCAGGCUGGUCCGGGACAAUCCCAGCGGCGACGACCAGUUCCGCCGGCUGGCCAGCUGUCUGGGACUCAUGGCCCUGCGCCUGGUCCCCUGACAAACGCGCCCGGGGCCGGGCGUUCUUCUGAAACACAGCAGCCGCCGAGACCAUCCGUGGAGCGUCAGUACGAUCAGGUCCCCAUUCCAAAAGGCUACGCCGCGGUCCAUGGGGAAGGCAUGACUGUGCCGUCACCCUACGACGUCGGACGUUCCAUUCCGGGAGCAACGCAUCCGGCGCAUGCAGUCCAGGGGCAACAGCACGUCUUCCCACCACAUGUUCAGGCACAACAGGGCCAACCGGCGAUGCAGUAUGCCCGAGUCCGACAGGCGGGAACAGAUUCGAGCUUGAGCGUGAAUUCGUCGCAGCACUCAAGCUCGCCGGGUCAACAAGCGGUCAGUCAGGCGGGCGGCUUCGUUCCUCGCGAUAAGCCGGAUGGGGAGCCUACUGCGGUGUAUGAUGUCGCCAACAAUUCCCAACGGCGCUUGGGAGGAGCGCCACUCCAGCAGGGCUCUCAGAACAGUGGACCGGCAGAACAGGCCCCGAACAGCACGCAAACUGAUAGACGGCGGUACGGAAGCCCCGCGGGGUCAAAUCAUACCACUGCCAUUCAAGGGCAGACGCAGGGUUUACCGCAGCAACAGCAACAACAGCAACAACAGCAACAACAACAACAACAACAGCAACAACAGCAACAACAACAACAACAACAACAGCAACAACAGCAACAACAACAACAACAACAACAGCAACAACAACCGGGACCUGAACCAGGUACGCCGACGGCCCGUAACCUCGGCGUCAACGUGCAAAAGGCAAACCAGGUUGACGGGGACAUCUACGACGCGACGCCGCGCAAGCCGGCAGCCCCUGUGUCUGGCGACAAGACGGAGGAUGGCGGCGAGAAAGCCAAGGCUCCGGCCCCUGACUUUGCGCAGAGCAGCGCAGCCGAUUUCGAUGACAGCGAGGACGGGCGCAAGAGGAUCAUCCAUGUCGAUAGGCAGGAGGAGAAGAUCGUGUACAACCCCGACGAGGACGGCCCGGAGGCGAGCCGAGCGAAGGGGGACGAGACGGACGAUGAGGCGCCCCAGAUGAGUGCCACGAGCUACCCCGGCAUGGAGUGGAAUCCGUAUGCAGCCGGCGGGUACGAGGAUUGGAAUGACGACCCAGUCCGAUAA